UGGAAUUACAUCGUAUGCGCGGGGAAAACCAUGAACGGUGCUCGAACUCCGCAACUUUUGCCGAGGAUCUUUGGACGGUGCGUCCAUCUCAGUUCGCGAGUCAAGGCCGCCCCGAAUGUCAGCAGAAUCUCGGUCGAUACCGUCAGGUGGAAAUCGACCGCCGCGGCGAGCACGAUGAAGGGGAUCUUGUGCCGAACGACUGGUGGGACAGAAGUCCUCGAGUACACCAAUCUCCCUAUCCCUACACUAAAGUCUGGACAGGUCCUGAUCAAGAACGACUACGUGGGAGUCAACUAUAUCGACGUAUACGCUCGAACCGGAGCUUAUCCUUCGCCAAAGCCUGAAGUCUUGGGCAAAGAGGGCGAGGGGACCGUCCUAGCCCUGGGUCCAUCGGGUCCCGAUGUCACCUACCACGACAUCCAGAUCGGAGAUCGAGUCGUCUGGAUGGGCAGUGGUGGGUAUGCGACACACUCUGCCGUACCCGCAGAGACGACCUACAAGAUUCCCGACGCCGUGCCACCGACGGUGGCAGUGGCGUCCCUGUUCCAGGGUUUGACCGCUCUCACGCUCGUCACCGAGAGUAGCCACCCAAAGAAGGGAGAUUGGGCACUCGUACACGCUGCUGGCGGAGGUGUAGGCCUUUGGCUGUGUCGAUUGCUGAAACACUUUGGCGUCAAGGUCAUCGGCAUCGUCUCUGGCGCAGCGAAAUGGGCCGAGGUCGAAGCCGCGGGCGCAGAUCACGUGCUAGAUCGGUCCGGGGAGGGGUUUGACCUGAUAGCAGACGUCGCCAAGCUGACAGGAGUCGCCAGUGGAGGUAUCGACCUCGUUUAUGACGGAGUCGGACGGGCCACAUGGGAUAUGAGUCUCGCAGUCGUCCGUCGCAAGGGUUCCAUCGUUUCGUUUGGCGCGACGUCGGGCGCGGUUCCCAAUAUCCCACUGAGCGUCCUCUCGGCCAAGAACAUUACGCUCGCAAGGCCGACCGUCUUCAACUACGUCACCACCAGGGAAGAGUUUGAGGAUUACGCGUCUCGUCUGUUUGGCAUGAUGAUCGAGAACAAGUGGACCCCCAAGAUACACAGCCUCUAUCCGCUAGACCAGGCUCCCAAAGCUCACCAGGAUCUCGAGAGCAGAAAGACCGUGGGAAAGUUGCUCCUCGAUACCAUGCUCGCAGGAGAGGCGGCUCCGGGAAGCGAGCGGGCUAUCCGGGCGGCACGUGGAGAAUGACCGUUGUAUAUUCCGGCUUAUUCGACGUGAGACGAACUGCCAAUUUCUCUUGAGUCGUAUAUCGUACAUUGUGUCGAGAUGAUUGCCG